UCCCCGACCAGCUCCCAGAGCAGCAGCCAGACAUCAGAGACUCCUCCACCACCUCUCGUCAUCAGGCCACAGCCUCAGAGCACCUGCCUCUGGGGAGCAGCCAAAGAAACCUGCGAUGUACGCCAUGGAGAUCAAUGUGGAGAAGGACAGAAAGACAGGGGACACCAGGAUCCUGUCAGCGUCUUCCGUCAGCCCUGACGAAGUGCCUGACUGCGGGGUCAAGGUUUUCGACGACGGCCGGAAUGUUGUCUACGAGGUCCGCUCGGGGGGGUCCUCUACCCUGGACAAUGGGGUUCACCACUGGAGCUCCCAACAGGUGGAUGAGCUGAUGAAGCGGGUCGGGGCGACGACCGGCUGUGCUCAGGGAGGCAAGGCUAAGGUCACUGUCAACCCCGCCGACGCUGAUGACCCCAAAACCUCCCCCAGGUCCAUUGACCACUCCGUGAUAUGCGGGGGUGAGGUGACGGAGGCUCCCCAGGCUAUGGCAGAGAAGCCGAUCACAAUGAUCUUCAUGGGCAAUCACAAUGUAGACGACCAGGAUGAGACCAAGAGGCUGCUGGGAUUCAACGGCACCAUCAAGGCGGAGAUCGUCCUGAUCGAUGAGGACGAUGAGAAGUCGCUACGGGAGAAAACGGUGACAGACGGUUACUCCGUAAUCGACGGCAACGCCGCCGACCUGGUGUCCGGCUCCCGGCCGCUCAGCGACUCCACCGAACUGUCGUCGGAGGGGAAGGACGAGAGCUCUGCCACGGCCACCAAGGAACUCCCCUCCCCAGCAGGUAUAGAGAAGAAAGAGCGCUGCCAUUGCUGUACUAUCAUGUGA